AUGGAUGAAGACCCACAGGAGGUGGCUGACCGAGAGCGCAUUUUCAAGCAUUGUGACAUGAAUGGUGAUGGGAAGGUAUCAUCCAGCGAGCUUGGGGAGGCCCUCAAGACCUUAGGGUCAGUGACGGAUGAAGAGGUCAAGCGGAUGAUGGCUGAGUUAGACACGGAUGGUGAUGGUUACGUCUCAUAUCAGGAGUUCACCCACUUCGCGCGAGCCAAUCCAGGCUUAGUCAAGGAUGGGCUUGACGGUGCGCGCGAUGCGCGGUGCGCGACAAUGCACGUGGUGCGCGUUUGCGUGCGUGGUCGUAUGCACAGCAUGCGUAUACGCUCACAAAUCGUCAUCUCCCUCGCGAGUCCCCUCCCGGCAGGCCUCGUCCAUCUACGUCCCUGCUGCAGGCCAAUAGUUAUCAGGUGUUUGAUGCUCGUCGCACCACCACAUGCAAAUCCCAUCGCGCCGCGAACUGAGCCCCGCCUCGCCGCGACAGAACAACGCCACACCGCGACCAUUGGUUGA